AUGCAGGUGUAUACAUGUGCUCAGGCUUCCCAAUUAUUCACACAUGCGACUACUAAACCAUCACCGACACAGGUCAGUGAACUGGACUACAAAGCACGCAUCAAGACCAUUAUGGUGGACCAGCAGAGCACAGAGGGCAAGCCACCCUAUCGCAGGCGUACAUCCCAAGUUUCUGCCAAGACGAUGCAGAAGAAAAAUUCUCAAGCUCGGCUGCUGGAAGGGCGCGAAUACCCUUCAACCAAUGGGCGCGCAGGCACUGACAACAGUGUGUCACAACCCGGCCACUCGCAGUCAG